GUGUCGGAAACGUUGCCGUUUUAAAAACAUAAUCCAUAUACUACUUGUGUUUCUCUGCUCCAUUGGAACUUCCAUGUCCAACGAAUGAUAACGGCGUUCGAUGGGCAUGGCGACAAUUCCUUUGAAUUUCCAGCAUUUCCGAAACCCUAGAGUAAGAGUGGACUUGAUUGCCAGUGAAAUGCAAAAGGUACUCGAUAAGAUUUUUGCAGAUUUAGCAUGAAUGGCAACACCAGUUCAUCAAAGAUUUAGUAGACAGAAAGGAGAUGAACUUAUCCAGCACAAAUUCUGUUCUGACCAUAUUUAUUUUGCACGUCUAUUGAGCUAAUGCAGGGAAAACAUCAAAGGUGAGUGGCUUGUCCUGAGUUUUGGAUAACGUUAUCAAUCCUUUAAUCUUUAGUUAAGUCCUGUUUCAUUUAUCUUUCAAUUGAGUUCACUCCUCAACUUAUGGUAUAAAGAAAAUAUCAUAAUUGCGAGGUGUGUGUCUGUGGAAAAUUUUCAUUCUCCAUAUCUUGCAGUUUGGAACUUGGAUUUGUCUGCAAUUGACAGAUAAAUUGUGCUGUCAUUU